AUGGCCAUGGAUCUUCGCGUAGGCAACAAAUAUCGCAUCGGCCGUAAAAUCGGUUCCGGUUCUUUCGGUGACAUUUACCUCGGCACCAAUAUCAUCUCCGGUGAGGAAAUCGCUAUCAAGCUCGAGUCCGUCAAGGCCAAGCACCCGCAGUUGGAGUAUGAGGCUCGCGUCUACAAGGCUCUCCAGGGUGGUGUUGGUAUCCCUUUCGUGCGUUGGUUCGGAGUUGAGUGUGAUUACAAUGCUAUGGUCUUGGAUUUGCUGGGUCCUAGUUUGGAGGACCUAUUUAACUUCUGUAACCGGAAGUUCUCGUUGAAGACGGUGUUGUUGUUGGCUGAUCAGUUGAUCUCCCGCAUCGAGUACAUCCACGCCAAGUCGUUCAUCCACCGUGAUAUCAAGCCCGACAACUUCCUUAUGGGCAUCGGUAAGCGUGGCAACCAAGUGAAUGUCAUUGACUUUGGUCUUGCCAAGAAGUACCGCGACCCCAAGACUCACCUACACAUCCCUUACCGCGAGAACAAGAACCUCACCGGAACCGCUCGUUACGCCUCCAUCAACACUCAUCUUGGUGUCGAGCAGUCCCGUCGUGAUGAUAUGGAGUCCUUGGGUUACGUGAUGAUGUACUUCUGCCGUGGGUCCCUCCCCUGGCAGGGUCUCAAGGCUGCCACCAAGAAGCAGAAGUACGACCGUAUCAUGGAGAAGAAGAUGACCACCCCUACGGAGCAUUUGUGCCGCGGCUUCCCUGGAGAGUUCGGUAUCUACUUGAACUACACUCGUUCCCUGCGUUUCGACGACAAGCCCGACUACGCUUACCUCCGUAAGUUGUUCAGGGACUUGUUCGUGAGAGAGGGCUUCCAGUACGACUACGUCUUCGACUGGACGAUCUUCAAGUACUCUAAGCAACAGCCCGGACAGCCCGGUUACGAUGGGCCGCAGGGUGACCAGGGUCAGCAGCAACCCGGACAGCAGUUGCCUCAGAUUCAGCAGGCGCCGGUCGUCUCCCCUGGUGCUCCCGGCAACGGUAUGGCCAUGGACCAGGGCUACGGCGAGCCGCCCAAGCGUACCACUCGCGCUUCUGCCGCUAAUGCCUCUGCUCAGGCUACCCCAGGGACUGGUGUUUCCAGCGCUGGCGUCGUCAACCCUCCCAGAAGGAAGAUUUCGAGCAACGUUCCGGAGGGUAUCCAGACUACCCAGCAGCCGCAGAUUGGUCUUCAGCAGUCGUCAGGCAGUGAUCGUCUGUUGAGGAGUCAGAGUCGGGGACAGCAGCAGCCUGGGCAGCCCGGUCCACCCGCGCCUGGCUCCCAGCAGAGGUGGUACUAA